GCCCCUGCCCCUGCCCCUCUUUUGCUUUGUUGAUUGAGUAGGAGUACUACCUACUACUAGUCUUCGUCUUCCUCCUCCAGCUAGCUCCACCCACCUUGAAGCCGGACCUGUUCUUGCUCCUCCUCCCAUGGACAUUUUCUUCCUCUCAAGAACAGCAGCCUGGUUUCACCCUCAGGGAGCACAGCAGAGUUCUUGUCCUCCUCUCUGUGCCUCAGAAAGGUGUUCGGAAUCUCCAAGCCUACAUCUCCUCACCAUGAGAUCCGCAUCUCGAUCCACAAGCAUACAGUUUCCACCAGAAGCUAUGGCGAGGCAAGUUGUCGAUCCGCGAGCAUACAGGUUCAGCAUCUGUCCAAGCGUAGAGACCAGCCGCCGGUGCCGGUGGCUGGUUUCUAUCCUUUGACUGAAGUUGCAACCCAAUCAAUCGCUGCAGGGAUGGCGUCGAGGAGGAGGGCGGGGCAGCAUCGCUGCAGAGGAGAUCCGCCGGGGUUGCAAUCCUCUGGCGUUUGGAGGUGGGAUCCUGGUGCCAAAUCCCCUCCCAAGCCAAGGACUGGCGGUCUGCACAAGUUUUUUUUCUUCUUCAGUUGAGCGGAUCCUCUGCAGCAGCUCCUGCAGCCCAGCUGCUCCAAUCGGCCUGUCGAUCCAGCGAGCGGAGCAUUGGAGCCAGUCAGCCUUGUUCAGCGCGCAGGCAGCAGCAAUUGCCUGCCGCCCAUGAAAGCCCACACAGCCAGCGAGCAAAUCCACCUCCCGUGCGGCCCAGCAGCCGAUCCAGCCGGAGCCCGGAGACAAGCCACCGGAAAGCUCGUCUUUAUAACCCCGAUCCCCACCUCCCAUCCACUCUCUUCCGCUCGCCACCGUCUCCGAUCUCGACCACUGCGCCUCCAGUCGCCGCCGCCGAUCUCGCCGACCGGAGCCCGGAGAACCACCGCGCGCCAGGCCGAGAUGGCUACCGGGAACAGGUUCCAGGUCCUCGCCGGCCUCGACGACGACGACAACGUGUUCGACGACGAGAGCGAGCUCGGCGACUUCGAUGAGGGCGACGACUUCGAUGAGGCCGACAUGGCGGCGAUCGGCGUCCUCGCCGACGGCCUCCAGGCUCCCUACGUCGGCUUCCCUGCCGGCGCGCUCCCGGUUCCUGCCCUCCUCCCCGUCGUCCAGAUCGGGCCCGCCCUCGCUCCUGCGGCCGUCCACCCCGUCGUCCAGGUCGUGCCCGACCUCCCUCCCGCGGCCGUCCUCCCUGGUGUCGAGAUCGGCCUCGCCCUCCCUCCUGCCGUCCUCGCCGUCGACAACACCGAGAACCCCUGGACCGAGGUUCCCGCUCGCCGUGCCCCAAGGAACCCCAACGCGCCUCGCCAGGAGGAGUACGUCCCUGUGCCGGAAGCCAGAGUUUGCGUCGAGGUACCCUGGGUCCCGAAGACCGGUUCUCUUCGCUGCAUCAAGAAACAUUCCCAGGCCCGCAAGGGCGGGUAUGUCCCUACUGCUGAUGAGGAUUCGGGGAGUUACAUCUACGGUUCCUUCGGAACAGACGCCCUUGAGUUCUGAACGCCCUUGAGUUCUAGGUGCCUCUGAAACAAGAGUUUGUGUUGAGUGGACCAGUUCCGAAAGACACUUUCAGAUUGCUCGUAACGUCGCCUUGUUUCUGCAGUAAAAGUGUAACGAGUUUUGUUACUGUUGAACAUGUGCUCUGCUGACUGCAGUGAAAGUGAAUUGAGUUCAUGUGCUGGGAUUUUGCUCCGAGUAA